AUGACUUUAGUAGCUAUAGGGGCGUGCUAUCUUGACACAAUUCUAACAACACCCCAUUACCCAGGUGAAGAUGAGAAGCUUCGUGCAUCCAAAAUUAGUCGUCGGCGCGGUGGGAACUGCCCAAAUACUCUCGAAGUUCUAGGCCAAUUGUUACAAUAUAGGCCAUCGAAUGCCGAAUCAUCCUUGAAUCUCAUCACUGUCCUUCCCUCCAAAACAUCAGUGGCAUCUCAUCAAAUCCAAUCAAGCUUAGAGAAUAUGGUUCGGCUAGAUAGUUGCAUUUACCGAGAGACAUUCAAUGAGCCAGCUUCCAGUUACAUUAUCGCAAGCCAGGCCACCGGCAGUAGGACGAUCGUUAAUUACAACGAGCUCCCCGAGAUGACUUGCGCUGAGUUCGCAUCUGCUGUUGAGCCCCUACGCGCCGUAGCUAAUCGACCCUGGUUUCAUUUUGAGGUGCUCCAGCUGGUCACGGUCACAGACAUGCUAACUUGGACUCAGGGCCGUGCACCAGAUGUAACAUUGGAAUGUAUUCAUUAUAUUCGGAAACAUUUUCCAGAAGCUCAAAUCAGUGUUGAGGUGGAAAAGCCAGGCCGGCCAGGCUUGCAGGAGCUUGCAGACGAGGCAGACGUUGUUCUCUACUCGAAGGGCUGGGCCCAGAACCACGGAUAUACAUCUGCCGAGGAUUGUUUGCGGGAUCAAUCGUUGAAGAUAAGCCGAGUAUCCUUGCUGUGCUGUACUUGGGGUCAUGACGGGGCUGCAGCACUUGAACCAAAGACUGGCAACUUUGCUCAUGUCCCCGCGCAUACUGAAGGACUGGGAGUCAUCGACACCAUCGGAGCUGGAGAUACAUUUAAUGCUGGCUUGCUAUACGGUCUCAUCUAUCGGAGUCAGGAUUGGGAUUUCCGAAAGAGAUUGGAAUUUGCAAAUCUUCUUGCCGGCUUGAAGGUCACUCAAGAGGGCUUCGCAAACCUGCAGAGAGCGUUGAACUUU